ACGCACGCAAAACCUCAUAUGCCAUCUCUGGUGCAUCAAUGUAACUUGAAACCAUUUUUACCGUUUGGGUUUAUGCGUUUGUGCAUUUGUUUCGGUCGCAUGCAUUUGAAAUAUCACUACGGGAGUGCGUUGGCUGCGCAGUCGACAGACUGCGAUAGACGGGCCAAGACGGGCCACUCGGCUGUCUUGAAACGGGUGGACUGGCCUCGGAAAAUAAUUUAUAGGUAAAACGCGGAUUUAUUCAGCAUUCAAGUGUGAUAAAGUUUUCGUAUCGCUAUUUCGUGAACCAGUUGCGCAAUUUGUGAAUGUCACCAAGAGCAAAGGCUAACAGCGCAUUCGACUUGGUGCUGCUUUCGUUACUACUGUUGUUAUUGCCACGAUAUCGGUUUCAUAGGUUGAUGAUAUUGAUAUGCAACUACAUAACUAUCUGCUUUGCUAGCUGUCAGUGAUGGAAUAAUCGUAGCACAAUGUUACGAGAAAGUGAGAAAACCUUCUGCCCCGCUAAUAAUUGUUACUAUACGAUAAUAGAUGCGCCGAAAAUAGGUGCUGAGUAAGAACGGCGAGAGUAUAAAUUCCAAUAUAAACAAACAGCCGAUGCAUUUUUGGAUCAACAAGCCGGCAGGCAGGUACUACGGCUUUGGGGGGCGCCGAUACCCUGCCACCCCAUUGCCCAAGAUUCGUUCUGGCCACCACCGUCGUGGCAGCGAGGUAAUCAGACCGAUGGUCACUCCGGUGCAUCGGUUCCAGAGUUUGAACGGCGUCAACCAUGCACCAGGUCCGAGCAGCACUUGUAAUUACGGACCUCGACAUCUAAGGCCACCUAUGAGAACCCAUGAUGUUGGAAGCAACAACAACACAGAAAAUAUAUCGCUGCAGCAUGUUCAGUCGGCUGGCAACGGACCCAACAAUACUAGUUGUCAUGGCAUCGGUGAACAUGUAGGGAACAGUGAACUACGCCCUGCAGGACCUUCUGGAACUGCGGGAGAUAUACCACAUGGAAGAGGAUUACUGGAUUUUUCAGACUUCACCGAUGCCGAGUUAGCUGGUCACAGACUGCGUUGUGGUGUUUGGAUAACAAUCGUUUUGGCCGGAGGUUUCAUAGUUGCUGCAAAAUUUUAUUUCGAUCAUCAGGGCACAGGUCUUGAAGUUCUGACAUACUGCGGUUUGUUGGUUACACUUUUACUAUCGGGUUGUUUUUACUCGAUCUUGUGUCGUCGAACGGAAGACAGCACAGUUCGUGACAAUGUGUUGGCAGUGGUACAAGAUGACCCGAUAGCUGCGCUGACAGCUGCAAAUACAAUUGCAAAUGAGAAUAUCGGACUUCCGCCGUCAGUGCCUCCGGUAGGUCAGAAUCCACCUCCACCCCCGUACCACAUCGCAAUUCUCAUCCCCCCCUCUCAUUCUGCGGAUGAAAUACCACCACCUUCUUACGAUAAAAUUGCAGUGCGUUAACGGAAAAAGAAAACAAGUAAGAAGUGCAAUAUCAUAGAAUUAUAACAAAGUAUUGAUUAUAAUCAUGGAGCUCGAUAGUCGGAGAAUCAGGUUUGCUGUUAACGGUCUAUUUUGUAAUGAAAAUCUGCUUAUCGUUAAGGGAUUUUUGAACUUCAGAUUUCACGGUUUCAGUAGCCUGUGUCGCGUGAUAACACCGUUUGACAAGUAUUGGAUCAAAAUAAUAAUAAUACUAAUAAUCAUACUAUUAUAACAUAACGAAAUAUCGUACGUAUUUACGUACUCACUCAGUGGCGAUCGUUUCGACCAAAGAACUAAUUUUCGUUCGCCCCAAAUUGCAGAUCCGUUGGUUAAUAAGAUAAUCAUUAGAUUUUCGGUUCAAAGUGCCAAGCUUCGCAUGCUGUUUGAAUCAACGUCCUUUGAACAUGAUACGCGUUUACUGGAUACCGAUAAAAGUAUUCAAUACGAAACUUCCAAUGAUAAUUGAUGAUAUUAACAGACUGAUAUUACUAUUGUUAUCAUUAUCAUUAUUUUCGUUAUCAUCAUCAUCAUCGUCGUCGUAGUCCCAUGUCAUAGUCAUAUUAAUAUUGUGCAAGCGUCAUAGAUAAUUUGUUUUUCUUGCUGCGUAUUCUGAAUUUAUUUCAUAUAGAAAUAUAUAUACAUGUAUAGAUAUGUUUUUUUGUUGUUGUUUUUAAAUGGAACAAAGUGAAGAAUCAAGCGCAAAAUGUAACGAUAUUGAUCAUUAGAAAUAAGGUACAUUAUUCGUAUCUGUGAUAACGACGCGAUAAAAUAUUCGUUUGAAAAUCUUACUGUGAAAAAGUAAGAAUGGGGGCGUGCAUUCUUAGGCAAUGCAAUCAAGUACCGUAGCGCGAUUUUCGGACCCGUACAGCCCACGCACAAGUUCAUAUAGCUACGUGUUUACGUAUUGAUCUCUUCUCAUGCGUUCGCGUAGUAGUAAUCGAUUGCUGACGACGAGCGUAUGUGACUAGGAUUACGGCAACUGCAUAAUCAUAGGUACCAGUCUAUCCACUGGGAUUGUUUCAUUCUUUUAUUUAUUUUCACCUUUUCGUGAUAUGUAAACCGCGUAAUACGCGUAACAUAAAUACUGUGGAUUUUGCCAAUUAUUUAAAAGUAUAUCAAGACUCGACAUGAUUUUACAUAAAUUUUUAUUAUAUGUAUAAUAUUAUUAGGUCCUAUUACGUAUUCAUACGUAUAAUGAAUAACGAAUUUAAUUUACAAUCAAAGUUUUUAUAUCGAUUUAUAUUAUAGUUACAUACGUAUUUUAUAUUUCUAUUCUUAUUUUGAAUUUAUGUAUAAUCAUCACUAGCGGUAGGUGAUAAUGUACGCAAUUAUUGAUAGAAAUCAUGUACUCCAUUUUAGCACUUGAAUAAAAUAUAAUUAAAUUAAUUAAA